GUAAUACUCAUCAUCCGAGUUCCAUUGCUUAACAAGUAGAAGAUAUGGAAUGUGAAUACUUUGUUUAUCAUGGGAUUGGUUAGAUGAAAAGUAGUUGUUGAUUAUUCAAAGUUAUCUCUGCUCAAGCAACAUGGAAUAUAUAUAAAAUCUCUAAUAAACUAAUGAAAAAUAGACACACUUUUGUUUUAUUUAAAUGUGAAUGGAGAUAUAGUGAUUCUACAGGUCAAUGUGGUCUAUGAUUUGUCUUUUUUAAACUGCGGUCUAGAGGGCUUAUUAUAAUAAUUUAAAAUAUAUAAAAUAAGUUAGCCUCCAUGGAUGCAUCCAAGAGGCUUCGUAUCUGGUAAGAUGCACACGAAGGAAGUUUGUUCUGUUAUUGACUUUAUGCAGACAAGCUUUUUGUCAUAAAUUGAAAUCUUUAGAAGAGCUCUUGUAUAUCAUUAUGAGAAAGAUUGAUAUUUUAUUCUUUUCUUUCUUCCUCUUCUUGCUGUUCAAAUUCUCAAGUUAUGGCUAUGCAGCUAUCACCAAAGCAAAUCCUUUGUCAAUAGGACAAACUCUAAGCUCCCCUGACGGAUCUUACGAGUUUGGGUUCUUCAGUCCUAACAAUACUCGGAAUCAGUAUGUUGGUGUCUGGUUCAAGAACAUAACUCCUCAGGUCGUUGUCUGGGUGGGUAACAGAGAUAAGCCAGUCACAAAAACACCGGCGAAUCUCACUCUCAGCACCAAUGGGAGCCUUGUCUUGCUCGAGGGAGAAGAACAAGAUCUCAUUUGGUCCAUAGGAGAAACUUUCUCAUCUAACGAACUCCGCGGUGAGCUUUUAGACAAUGGCAAUUUCGUCCUGGUCGAUUCAGUUUCCGGAAGAAUCUUAUGGCAAAGCUUUGAGCAUCUCGGUGAUACUAUGCUACCUCAAUCAUCUGUGAUGUAUAAUGUUCCUAAUAACAACAAACGUGUGUUGUCUUCCUGGAAAAGCCCCACAGAUCCUUCACCUGGAGAGUUCAUAGCUGAGCUUACCACACAGCUACCUCCCCAAGGCUUCAUAAUGAGAGGAACAAGACCCUACUGGAGAGGCGGUCCAUGGGCGAGGGAAAGAUUCACCGGCACACCGGAGAUGGAUGACUCACAUAUAAGCCAGUUCAGCGUUUCUCAAGAUGCAGCAGCCGGCACAGGCUUUUUGACUUAUUCAUUACAAAAAAACUCUAACUUGUCGUACACUACGCUGACACCAGAGGGAUCGUUGAAGAUUCGUUGGCACGAUGGCUCUGGUUGGGUUACUGACUUUGAGGCACCAGUAAGCUCGUGUGAUGUUUACAAUACAUGUGGGCCUUAUGGGCUUUGUGUGAGAUCUAAUCCUCCAAAGUGUGAAUGCUUGAAAGGGUUUAUACCAAGAUCAGAUGAGGAGUGGAAUAGAAGGAACUGGACUGGUGGUUGUGUGAGAAGAACAGACUUGUCUUGUCGUGUGAACUCUUCUGUAACAACAACAACACAAGGCAAUGGUGCAGACGUCUUCGACGUUGUUGCAAAUGUAAAGCCUCCGGAUUUUUAUGAGUAUCUAAGCUUGAUCAAUGCUGAGGAGUGUAGCCAGCGUUGUCUUGGAAACUGUUCUUGCAUGGCAUUUUCCUUCGUUGAUCAGAUUGGAUGCUUGGUGUGGUACCGUGAGCUUGUCGAUGUGAUGCAGUUUUCUGCUGGAGGAGAAGUUCUUUCAAUCCGUCUUGCAAGUUCUGAGUUGGGUGGAAGCAAUCGAACCAAGAUUAUUGUGGCUAGCGCUGUCAGCGUUUGUGUUUUCAUGAUCAUGGUUUUAGCCUCUUACUGGUUCUGGCGGAGGAGACACAAAGCAAAACAAAAUGGUUCAACUCCUACAACAAUGGAGACUUCAGAAGAUGCAUGGAAGGAAGAACUGAAACAACAAGAUGUAUACUUCUUUGACAUGCAAACAAUACUAGCAAUCACUGAUAACUUCAGCAUCGAAAAGAAGCUUGGUCAAGGUGGCUUUGGACCAGUUUAUAAAGGAAAGCUGCAAGAUGGGAAGGAAAUAGCUAUAAAAAGGCUUUCUAGCAGUUCCGGACAGGGCAAACAGGAGUUCAUGAAUGAGAUAGUACUCAUCUCUAAGCUCCAACAUAGAAACUUGGUUCGGCUUAUGGGAUGCUGCAUCGAAGGAGAGGAAAAGCUUUUGAUUUAUGAGUUCUUGGUGAACAAAAGCCUCAACACCUUUAUCUUUGAUUCGACGAAAAAGCUUGAGCUUGAUUGGCCCAAGCGGUUCGAAAUCAUUCAAGGUAUUGCUUGUGGACUUCUCUAUCUUCACCGUGACUCGUGUCUCAGGGUUGUGCACCGUGAUUUGAAGGUCAGCAACAUCCUUUUGGAUGAGGAAAUGAACCCAAAAAUAUCAGAUUUUGGAUUAGCUCGGAUGUUUCAAGGAACACAACACCAAGCCAACACUCGCAGGGUUGUUGGAACUCUAGGAUACAUGUCUCCAGAGUAUGCAUGGACAGGAAUGUUCUCUGAGAAAUCAGACAUCUAUGCAUUUGGAGUUCUUCUACUGGAAAUCAUAACGGGAAAGAGGAUCUCCAGUUUCACCAUUGGAGAGGAAGGCAAGAGUCUUCUUGAAUAUACAUGGGAUUGUUGGAGAGAAAGUGGUGGAGCGGAUCUACUGGAUCAAGAUAUAUCCAGUUCAGGUUCUGAUAGUGAAGUAGCGAGAUGUGUUCAGAUUGGUUUGCUAUGUAUUCAACAGCAAGCGUUGGAUAGACCCAACAUUGCACAAGUCAUGUCAAUGCUUACUACAGAAAUGGAUCUUCCUGAACCAAAACAACCGGUUUUCGCAUUGCAGAUUCAAGAGAGUGAUUCAGAUUCCAAGACUAUGUCCCAACGUACCAAUGAUCUCUUCUCUGUUGAAGAAAACAAAUAUUCUAAGGAACCAAGUGUUUCCUCAUGAGUUUUGUACCUAAUUUGACUCUUCAACGUUGAUUCCCACCUGGUAUUCAGAAUUGUGAGGUGAGUACUUUUGUAAAAUUGGAUUUAUGUGCCAUUCUCAUUGAAAUAUUUUCACUCAUUAUAGAGACUUUUAAGAGAGUCCAAACGGCAGAGAAGGUUUUGACCAGACCACACAAAGAAAAACUAGUCAACGGAUUUGUCUUCUUCUUCUAACGGAUUUCAUGUUCAUCAGUGGCAGAAGAUAGAUAAGCAAUCACGAUGAUUGGCUGCACAAACGCAGAGGAAAUCUUUGUCCAAUUCGUACACCAAAUAAGUAGGUCCAUUGUCGUAUAUGUAAAGACAUGAGGAUAAAAAA